AUGGAUCUCCAAUCUCUUAGUGUGAACAAAUUCCAGCUGCGGAAGGCUCAACAGAGCCUCCCUAGUGAAUGGCCUCGGGGACAUCCCUUAGACCUGCACGACGAAUACAUCCGCGAGGACCCCGAUUACGACGAGGCUUGCGUGGAAGGAGAAGCUUUACGAGACUAUGAGGCUGAAUUUAGAGAGGGUCGUAUGCCAGCGGCCAUUGAUGAAGCAGACCAUCCAAAGGAAAACGUGGAUUCCUUAGCGGGUGGAAGCUGCGUGGAGGGCGUCUCUCAAGAAAAGCCCGUUGCUUCCACCUCCUCUGUGGCCAGGCUACCCUGUGGAAAGCUGGUUUCCCUCAAGAAACUGUCUGUUUGCUUGAGAAGGCUGCAAUCCCCAGUUGUGCGGAAACAGCUGGACAGCGGCCCGGACGCUGGUACCGCUAGCGAGAGAGAAGAGGCAGCCGAUCUCCCGAGGAAGAAGCCGAGGCAGAGGUUGCACUACGGAGAUGUUGAGAUGGGGGCCCCCAAUGGGAACAGCCGGAGGGCUUGUGCCCCCACCGAGGACUUAGCCAGAGGAGAGAUGCUUGAGCGUGGUCAGAAGCCCACCGGAGGCCGCACCGACGCGAGUUCGGAAAGCUCCCGCUCUCCGACUCCAGAAGGGCGUCCCUCAAAGCCGUACCCCUUACGCCAGAGAAACAAGACAGUCCGGUACGCUCCGGGAGAUGAAGAGGAGGGCAAGGAGAACAGCGGAGAAGGUUCGGAGGGCAGCUCGGAGGAAGAGUGGCCGGGAGAGAGCGAGGCCGAGGAAACCGAGGAAGCUGAGGAAAGAGCGACGCGGCCGGCCCCCGCUCGGAAAGCACGCCAGAGAGAGACGCUCAAAAAAGGUCCCCGCCAUUACAGAUGCCCCGAGUGCGGCCGGGAAUUCAGCAACAGCAGUAAUAUGUGGAAGCACCUGCGGAUCCAUAAAGGGGAAAAGCCGUACGGCUGCCACGUCUGCGGCAAGUCCUUCUCGGAUCCCUCCAACUUCACCAAGCACCAGCAGCAGGCGCACUCCGGCGAGCGCCACUAUCAGUGCUCCUUAUGCCCCAAGGCCUACUUCUUGAAGAGCAGCCUGGAGAACCAUUUCCGCCAUCACAGGGGGAUCCGGGCCUUCGCCUGCCUCGAGUGCGAGAGCAGCUUCUUCUCCCGGGCCGAGCUGCUGAAGCACAUGGCCGUCCACAUCUUUGGCAAAGGAGGCCACCGCCCCCAGCCUGCGCUGCGCUGCGAGGAGUGCGGCAAGACCUACCCCAGCGCCAGGCUCCUUCGCCAUCACAAACGGUGCCACAGGCGCUUUGAGUGCGAGAUCUGCGGCCAGUUCUUCAGCCGGAAGUACAAAUACAAAUUCCACCUGAAGUGCCACGAGGAGCCCUCCGCACACGGCGGGGUGGCCGGGCGGCAUCUCAGCGAACGUCGACAACAAACCGCCCAGCGUCCGAAAAGCUCGGAAGCCCGAGCUUUAUCGGCAUCCCCAGCGGCUCCUUCUGGAGGUGAAGACCAGCUCCUGGGGCUGGCUAGACGUCCACCGGAAUCCUCUGGUUCUAGCAAACCAACAGGGAGGCCUUCGUGCCCUGAGAAGUCCUCCGUUCCCUUCCGUCCCUCGGUCCCAAUGAACGGAAGAGGGGAGCUCCCGGAUCCGGCUCGCGCGAGCAAUCCCGGAAGAUCCUCAAACUCUGCUCGGGGGCUCACGGAGCCUCCACAACGACGCAAGCCGUCGGCCUUAAUGUUUCUGGGCGAUAAAGCCACCGGGUCUGCCGAGCCCAACCUGGCUGUCCUCCAGCCCCAACCGCUCGCUCCGUCAGUUUCGGAAACCGGGCCCCUUCGUGGUUCAGAAGGAGCUGAGCCUCUGCAGACAAACCAGAUGGUGGUAGCUAGACCUCAAGGUCCAACCUGGAGAACGGGCCCAACCAGUCGGCUUCCUGAACCAGAGACCUCUCUGUUGCCUGCCCAAGUGGUCAGAGCUUCUGGGGCUGGCCCCUCGGGCAGGGGCGCUCGUCCCCAGACGCCUUUCCCCAUAAUAGUCUCGGUGGGAUCCUUGGCAUCCCAAGGAACCAUAAUUACAAAUUCAAGCCACCUGCCUUCUGUGGGUUCUGCCCAAAAUAUGCCCAUUCUUUGGCCUUCAAAUUCAGCUCAACUCCUAAUUCCACCCUCUGUGACAGCUUCAGUGGGGCCGCAGCCGGUAGCCGCAAACAGAGCCCAGCCAUGUGCCGCGGCGACUUCUGCCUUCCUUGUUUUGUCCUCCCCUCCCAUGGUUCCGGGUCCUCUUGCAAGUUCAAACCCAGGGCCGUUGACUCUUAUGGUUCCUCCAAGCGGUCCAUGCUCGGCCUCAGCGCCGCCUGGCUUGAACCUCGUCCAGCAGGGAGGUGCAAAUGGAGGCUUGCUUCUGGUCAGCUCCGCGACCUUGCCCCCAGGAACCAAGAUCACGUUAGAGAUCCCUGCUCAGAAGAUCUCCCUCCCAGCCGUCCAGAUCUGCCCACUCUGCCAGGCCAGAUAUUUUGGCGAACACGACUGCAAGGCGCGACACGCCGAGCCAGUGAUAAGAAGCGAGGAUUUGAGUUCAUUCAAGUGGCAGAAUGGAGAGGCGACCACUAUCCUUCAGCAGCUGGCAGUGGCCUCCCAACAAUCACAGCCCGUGGCCCAGCUUCCUCCUCAAAAUGGUGGAGAACCGUCGUCCCGCAAAGUCCGAGAGGUCCAUUCUGAAGGGAUCUGUGUCGACGGAAAGGAAGGAGACGAUGCGUUUGAUCGGGAACCCUCCGUGACCAGGUCCUACAACUUCCGAGAGGGUCGUUCCAGAGUGACCUAUGUGGACAGAGAGGAAAGCAGCGAGGUAGAACGGGAUACAGAUAGCGACUGGCGAGGAGAAGAGUCGUCGUCGAGCGAGUCCGAAGACGACACGGUGCCCCCUGAGAAGAGGCGCCGACUGGUUUCUCCCUCGAGUGGAAGGGACCGGGCCAGGCGUCGGAAAGGACGCUACGUGUGCCAUAUCUGUGACAAGCGGCUGAUCUACGCCCGGUCCCUGAAACACCACCUGCGCCUCCACCGGGCCUUCUCCUGCAACCAAUGUAGUGCCUCCUUCAUCAGCAGUGACCAGCUGAAGCGGCACAAGGCCAACCACGAUGAUCGUUUUCCGCCAUUUUGAAAACCUAUCACAACUUCCCUGUUGGAGCAAGAUGGAAUACUGUGUUUGGAUUCACAAGGGGAUCAAGGGAUAACAUGACGUCUUGUUCAACCAGGGUGAUUGGGCUGGAACUAUAUUUCUUACUUUAAAGGACUUUUUGCCAGCUUGCUUAUUGCCGGUGGUUGUGGUUCACUGGAUUCCGGGGGGGAUUUUUUCUCUUACAUCAAAGCCUAAUUCUGAUUUUUAAUAUAUAUUUUUUUGCUGUUCCCCAUAAAUAGCUCCUUCAAGCUGGGCGAAAUGGUUUUGAUCUUUUGAAUACUUUAUGUUUUAUAGAUGAGUGUUAUUAUUUUUUUCUAAUAUGGUGGCAUGUUUCCCAUGCUACAUAAGUUACUUAAAGGAAACUGUUUAUUAUAGGUAUAUAUAAACUCAGUUUUUUAAAAUCCCCCCCCCAAACAAGGUGCCAUAGAACCAGAAGAGAAAUAAUGUAUAAUUUAAAAUAUAUUUGAACACAAUGUGUUUAAAGCCAAAGGCCUGACUAAAUAACAGAGUUUUGACUUCCUGUUGGAAGCUCAAUAACUGUGGCCCCAUCCUGAUUUUGAGGAGAAGCGCUACACUUGUAUACCGCUACAGAAAAAGUUCUCCGUUGUCACCGAUCCAGCCUUUCAGAGUGAUGGGACAUGCAACGGGGCCUCUCUUGAAGAUCUCAGAUUCUGUCGAGAGCCACCUGGGAGGAAGCAGUAUGCAGAUACCCUGGCCUCUGGCUUUAUCUUGAACCAGGUUUGGGUGUGGGGGACAGCUUUAGCACCGUACCGCUUUAGCACCGUACCACUUUAGCACCGUACUGCUUUAGCGCUGCACUGCUUUAGCGUCGUACUGCUUUAGCGUCGUACUGCUUUCUAAGAGGACUUGUUUUUCUUGUCAGAGGCUCCCAGUUUGAAAGCCUUUAAUUAAUCCUUAAAUUAGCAUCUACACAGAAAAAAGAUCAUCCAGAGGGAAAGUUGUAGCAAGGAAGGAAUUUAUCAGGAUUUCUGUCCUGGGAAGCGCAAAGAAAAUUAUUUUGAAGGCGCUGACUCCCAUGAUACGGGGCCUUAAUUUUAAUUUUGUCUGUAGACAUUGCUGAGCCUUGGUCCCCAUCAGAACAAGCCGUGCCAGCGUGUCACUUAUUUAUUAUGGUACUUCGAUCCCUCUAGACAGGCCUAUAGCAGCAUGGUCUGCGGAAUUAAAACAUGAGUCGUCAAGAGUGGUACAUCAAGAGCUAAAGAGAAACUUGACAUGCUAAGGGGAAAGACCAGCUUGGCCUCAUCCACCCACUUGAGAAGCAAGUAAAACAGAAAGCCAUGUUUCCUCAUUUUUGCUGAAAAGAUGCAAAAACUUUGGCCACUAUCCUGUUGCUAGUCCUGGCUAGAGUAAACUCAUUGACUCAAUAGGAUUUACAAAGUGUGGACUUGCACUCAAUGACUCUGUGAUGCAGACCGAGUGCCUUUGUCUGAAUUUUUCCUCCUCCUUCUCAACUCCUUUUCCUUUUGUGCUAUUACUCCUGUUAUUAAAAAUACAUUUUUAU